GGGCGCCAUUUUGGCUCCAUGUGAGCAGUCUGUUUGACAGGCAGGAUGCUAGUAUCGGGUGAAGGUGACCGUAGACGUGAUUAAAAGCAGCUGGAAUGGCUUCGUUUCGUGUGCUGAUGAGGAUGUUCUGUGCGGCCGCAGAAACAGCGGCAGCUCCGGUUCCGGUCGGCCGAUGGGAGAGACUGAAAAACAGCAAAGCAGGUGUGUUCUGUCGCAGCCUGGCGUCCGACUACAAAGAGGCGUGUCGUGAGUUUGCUGUCGGUGCGUGGGAACGACCCUUCAAAGCCUCGGCAUACGGCGUUCUGCUGGGCGGGGCCUUGACCUGUUUCUACACCAAACCCGACCAGUCGUCCUUCGAGGCCGCCCUGCUGGACCGCUCCAACCAGCUGGGACUCCUGUCACCAUGGAUACGCAACGCCACCUCUGAUGGCCACGUGCAGAGUCUGGUGAAGCUCCGCAACGAGGGUCGUCUGCGUCACGUCGGCCUGGGUCUGCUCUCUCUGGUGUACCGGGCGGAUUACGACCCGGCUGCCUCGCUGUACGAGGCCCAGUGCUCCAACCUGUCGGUGCCCUGGAGGGAGCUGCCGCAGAGGAUCCUCGACGUGGGAUUUGUCAGCUUCUGGUGGAUCCUGGACUACAAGAUGAAGGACUACGACGUGAACGUGGAGGAGUUCAAACACCUGCCAGAACACAUGCAGCUCACGUCGCCCCCUAGUGUUCAGGAGGUGGAGAAGAGCGAGAGGUUGCACGAGGAGUCGUGGUUACCGCCAAAAGUGGAGGAGGAGGAGACGGAAACAAAAACGGUGGACAGACGGGAGGAGCGCGUCGGUUUGGAGAGCCAGACGGAGGAGGAACAGACUCCAGUCUGAGUUCACUCAGACAUUUAAAACUGUGCACAGGAACUUCUUCUUUUCAUAUUUCAAACAUCCCUCAGCUACUUUUUUUUUUUUAACCCCAAACGAACAUUCACAGAUUUUCCUCAAAGAAGAACGAACAUCCCUUCAAAGUAUUUGUUUAUAUUUAUUGUAACAUGCUUUUUUUUUUGUUCCACAGAAAGUAUAAAAAAGUAAUCUCUAUGAAACACGUGUCAAUAAAUCUGUUGUUAUCUGAA